UCCUGUUUUGGUAUAAAAGAUAUGGAUCAUAAAAGUUGCUUGAAUGAAAAGCUUUCAGUUCGACGAUCAGCUGUAAUUGAAUUAUUAACUAAGGUAAUAAAAAUUUACUGUUUCAAUUUAUCAGAAAUGGUUCAAAAAUUGCAAAAUAUGGCACCUCGAUGCGACUAUGAUAAGUCCACUCCUGGGAAUGGAUUUCGAUCAUUGGUGUGUAUAUAUGACACUAUUGUAUUGCAUCUUGUAUCUGUUUUACGUUCUUGUUCUGUACAUCGACAAACGAUGAUGUUCCGUACAUCGUAUUAUUGUAAAGAAAUAGAAAGUUAUUGUGCUGUAAUUGAUGAUGCUGUACUCGUCUCUGACAAUUGUUUGUUUCCUGAUCUUAGUGGGGAUUAUUCUAAGUAUGUAGAAAUUCUAGGAAGCAUAAAUAUGCUUGAUUCCUCUUGCUUUUUUGGACGAUCGCUAGGGUUUCAAUUUCCGCCAUCAGUCGGACGCAUAUUUCGCUUUAUUGGUGUUCUACUUGCCAUAUAUAGUUUAUCAUGGGAAAAGGGACGCAGUACUCUUGGAUCUUUUUUAUAUUCACCUCGUUUCUUGUUGAAUCCUGAGCAAAGAGCUGAACGCAUUGUGAAGGUCACACAUGAAGCCGACAUAGAAUUUUGUAGAGGUUUUUGGAAUUUAUCGGAAUUCGGAAGUCAUGUUCCACGUAUAUUUUGUCCAAAUAUGGCCGUGAACGAUUUACGUGAAAUUAAUUGUGGGGGUUCUAUAACGCUGGCUUCCACAAACGGUGGUUUCGUGUACAUUGCAGAACCGUCAUCUUAUACUGGCCCUCGACCAGUCAAGAUCCGUGUUUUGUCAUACUCCCAUCGUGAAAUACUUAGUCCUGCUGGAUCACCGAAUCAACUUUCGCCUUCUCCGUACUUAUUAUUUCAUUGUCAUGGGGGUGGUUACGUGGCAACGACCUCGAAAUCUCAUGAAACUUAUCUGCGCGCAUGGGCAAAAUCACUUAAUUGUUCCAUCGUAUCUGUUGAGUAUUCAUUAGCACCCGAAAAUCCAUUUCCACGGCCUACGGAAGAAGUAUUGUUUGCAUAUGCAUAUAUUAUCAGUAAUGCAGCAGAAUUCGGAUGGACUGGCGAGAAAAUAUGUUUGAUUGGCGAUUCAGCUGGUGGUAACUUAGUGAUGUCUGUUACCUUGCAACUUAUUCAGCUUGGUGUGGAAAGAUUGCCAGAUGGAAUUGUCACCGUUUAUUCUCCAUUUCUUCUCCAGUAUCUUCUGUCACCUUCACGACUGCUUAGUUGUAUGGAUCCUCUUCUACAUAUGGGUGUUAUGUUGCGUUGUAUUGCAGGUAUUUUUGCUUCCAUUAGUUAUUGUUAUGGAAAGGAUUUCAUCAUUAUUAUUGAUCAGUUUUAUUAUUAUUUACUUCAUAUAUUCUCUAAUCAGCAUACACUGGAAAACCGAUGCUCGAGCAUUUCAAGUGAUGAAAAAAAAAGAUGUCUAUUCUAUAACUUCAGUAAUUUUUGUCAUACGAUUCUCUGUUUUUGGCUAAUUUUAUUACGUUUAUCAGAUCCCUUACAUAUUCAUCUUUCAUCAAGCAUGUACGAUCAACGGCUGGUAGAUUAUCUGCAAAGUCAUCCGCUUACGAAAGAGUAUACUCAUAAGCGGACCAUCAGUCAAAACUUUGCUAAUACUGCUGCUAUGGCAGCUGGUCAUGCAUUAGAUAACAUUUCUGAUUGGAUUGAAAAAUCUGCGCCAAAAAACCUACCAAAUAAGCCUAAACUUGGUCGUGCCUUUUCUUUGUCACCUGAUUCAGGAACAAAAAUAAAGAAGAUAAGUGGAAUUGCGGAAUCACAUUUUGCGGAUAUAAUUAAAAACAAAAUUCCGAGAGAUCCACUAAUAUCUCCUUUGUAUGCAUCACCAAAAGAUCUUGCGCGAUUGCCACCAGUUUGGUUUAUAGCAUGUCAUCUUGAUCCUCUACUAGACGAUACCAUCACGUUUGCCAAGAAAGUACGAGAUUCUGGUGGCCGAGUAAUGGCUGUUGAUCUUCUGGAUAACCUCCCUCAUGGUUUUCUUAAUUUUACACUGGUUUCACCUGAAUGUCGUGAGGGUUCCAAAGUUUGCUUGAAACGAGUCAAGGAAGCAUUUGGUAUGAUGUCUCUGUAA